AUGACAAAAGCAUGUCAUCGACUGUUUCAAGUAAAUAAAACUCCACUGGAUACGGAUUUAGAGCAAACCUUCAAAUCUCAAAUUCAGGCUCAUUAUCCUAAUAAAAUACGGGAACUUGAUGAUUCAAGUGAAUGGAUUAAAUUAUGGAAUGCAGUACACUCGAUUAGUUCUUAUGUCCGAAAAAUAAAAGAUGCAAUUUAUAUAUAUUUAAAUUUAUUUUCUUGUAAACUUGAUAAAUUUGCUGGACCCGAAGAAGUUAGAAAUUGGAAAAAAUCAGAAAAAGUUAUCAAAGCAAGACAUGACCUUUGGCAUAAAAUGGAUGAUGAUCCAGAUUCACCAUAUACUAUUGAAUCUAUCCUGCAAAAGGUAUUUAUUGAAGAAAAGUUGAAAAAUAAAGAUAAUAUCAAAUUUGGAAUUACUGUAGCAUGGAUGUUUUUAGAUCCAACUUAUGAUCAAAUUGAAAUUUCGUCUUCAAAAGUGCAAGAAAGAAUGAAUCAAUGGGAUUCCAAUCCUAUUAUACAAGACUGGCUUAAAGGCAAAGAAUUAUUUGAAGAUGAUCAAGACGAUCAAAAUAAUGAUAGCGAAGUUGAUCAAGAAAGUGGUGUGAAAGAAAUAAUUAAUUAA